CAGCAUCCCAUUGGUCUGCUCACUUUGACAUUCGCGCACGUGAACCAGUAGUAGCGUGCGCUACCACUGUAAUCAAAUCGAUAUUCGCUCGAUUAUUCGCCUGUCAACCGUCAAUUUCUGCAAUCAAGGUUGAUCAGAGUCGCCUCCGCAAAUCUGACGAAUCAUUUUUUGAUAAUAUUCUCGGUAUAUCGAAGCAAUCACGUCGUCGAUGAUAAAGAUAAACCUCUGGAGAUUAUCGAUAUCAAAUGGAAAGAAAGCGUGACGGGGGGGAUCGAUGAGUGAAGCUUAGUAUCGUGUUUAUUGGGAGUCUCUUAUCAUUCGCCUCAUCGAGAGGCGAAACGUCAAAAAGGAAAGAAGCUAAAUUCUGGAAACUACUCAAUCACAGCUGUUGUAAAGAUGAAGAGAGCAGGCCUGGAAAUUGCUGCGUUGCUGGUGUUGUCGAUUGCAAAAUUGACUCGCGGGGAUACAAUUUACAGUCGCGAGGAUCCGUGCAUUAGUUUGUGCAAAAAGACAUCUACUUUCACAAACAGUUUCACAAACAACAUUGAUGUAAGAUCCUGCUGUCAACGAGGUUGCAGAUUCUUUAAUCUGGUCGAUUUGCGUUCUGGAUGGGAACCAAAUAGUUUAAAUGGCACCAGGGAUGCUUGCGAGGCUUCAUGCACUGAAGCUUACACAAAUGCGCAAGAUCGUUAUGCUUGUGGUACUGGUUGUGAUUUGAUGGCCAAGCAACGAGUUACAGACUUGUUGUCUCUGUUUUCUAUCGCUAUAUGCGUCGAAGAAGACUCCAAUGUUUUAUUAAUGUCACCCGACAUGCCGGAGAAUGAUAUCUUAACCGAUCCUGGAUUACGCAAGGAGCUUCUUCCUGGAUGGUGGGAUACCGAUGGUUUCAAAUUGCCGCAAACCUAUGUUAAAACUGUACCAAUGGAUGCUGGUACUGUGGAUUAUGCUUUGUCCUCUGAUUAUUCCGGUGAAACCGAGCAAACAUCUAUGCCUGGGUCUGACUGGUUUCAUUGCGCAUUAAAGCAGAUAAGAAUACCUUACUGGGACAUUGGAGUACCUUAUUGGCUUUUUGCCUCUGCCAUAGCAGUAUUCAUAAUGGUGUCCAUGCUGUGGCUUUGUCUAUCGACAGGCGAUGUCCCAACAACGUCUCGCAAAGAUGUGCUAAUUGAUAUGUCUAGUUCGCCCAAAGUUGCAUUUUACAUGCCAGAUGAAGCGCCAUUGUACAAAGAUCCACCACCUAAAUACGAACAUUCGUCCAGUCACUGUGAGUUUUAAAAAUUAGCUUUCGAAAAACUAGCUUUGUUAUUUAAAUCACAACAUUUCGAUAUGGAUUUUACACGAGACGCGAUUGUAUCACGUUUGGAAAGUUUUAGAAUAUAACAAUGCAGUAAUGCAAAUAUCAAUUACUGUGAAUAUUUUAAGUUUAUGAGCAAUUGCAUAUUGAAAAUUUAAAUUGCAUCUCACAGUAAUACUACAGAGAAAUCGAAUUAUUUAUUUGGUAAUUUCUUUUAUAUAUAUAAAAUUGACGCAUUUAUUAUAUAUAAAAUUAAUAUAUAUAUAUAUAUAUAUAUAUAUUUAUCAAUAUAUAUAUAUAUAUAAAAUGAAAUAACAGAUAUGAAAUGAGAAAAAAUGUAGAAAAAAGAAGCUUAUUCAGUAAUAUAAAAUUUCUGAACUUUUCGAAAAAUUUAUGUUAAUAAUUAUAUUACAAAUUCUCUUUCUUAUCUAUUAAAUUUCGAGAUGUGUAUAUAUAUCGAGCAAGACACUUUUAACAUCAAAAAUAAAACCUUUUCAUCAUUUUUGAAUGCUAUAAUUUAUAUUUAUAUAUAUAUUUAAACACACAAAUAUAUUAUACAACGAACAAGUUCAAAUUCGCAAAAGAAAUAGACUUAAAACUUUUUCAAUGACAAUAUAGGUACAUAAUCAAAACACCAUUUGAUUUCGUCGCUCUUAUUGUUUUGCGACAAAUCAUCACCCAAGAAUCGAAAUGAUGAUAGUACAAUACACAAAAUUAUGGAAAUAGUUAAAGGAUUUUAUACACAUCAUGAUACUAGUUAAAUUUUUCCACACACAAAAAAUCUGUCUAUAUAUUAUGGAAGGUAUAUAAACAUAUUAUAUAUAUAUAUAUAUAUAUAUAUAUAUAUAUAUAUAUGUAUAUAUAUAAAUAUUCAUGUCAGUCUUUUUUGCCAUGAGAGGAAAAGAUCGAAAUUUCCUAUAUAAAGACUUCAAUUUCUGCUGGAUAGAUUAAAAUUGUUUUCAUUUUUUUUUACACGACAUGUUACUUUGUCGUUUGAAAUGUAUCACACAUAGAGCAUCAACAAUAUUACAUGUUGUACUUAUGCAAAAUAUACAUGAGAAUUAUGAUAGCUAUCUUUGCAGAUUACAAUAUAUAUAAUAAUUAUACAAGUACAUUGGAUAUAUGUAUAUGUAUAUAUAUAUAUAUAUAUAUAUAUAUAUAUAUAUAUAUAUAUAUAUAUAUAUAUAUAUAUAUAUAUACAUACACACAUAUAUAUAUUUUAUAUAUACACGCAUUUUGCGCGAAUCUUUUCAGAGUUUUUAUAAAACGUCCUAUCACAUGUGUUAGUUAGAACUUGUUUAUAGGAUAUGUAAGGCAAUAUAUUGUAUAUAUCUAUAAUAUAUUCGCGCAAUUUUAAUAUUUGAUUUAAAUUUCUUAUUAAUCUUCAUCAUCAGAGAUACACGGAACAGUAAAAUAUUACAUUAUUGAUAGGGCAUUAUAUAUUAUUUGCAAUAUUUGUUAUAAAACUCUUUACAUAUGUUCUGUUGCAAUUCUAGUUAUAUUGUUCAGUUUUAUGAAGCGCAAGAGAAAUAGCAAUAAAUAAUAAGCAGUUUUUAUCUUUCUUUAGAUAGGACGAUCGCGAGAGACAUGUGUAAGGAUAAUAUGUUAAAGUAUUUAUGCAACAGUUUAGCUUUGUAGUGUUGUGAUGCAGUCUUGAAAGUUUCAAAUCUUGUAAAAAUUUUAUAUGUGAUCUAGAAAUAUAUAACGUAUAUGUAUUGUACAAAAAGUAAAUAAUUCAAGUUCCUGUUCGCAAGACUUUUAUAUAUUCUUGAAUUAAAUCUUAUCGUUACUCAUA